AAAGGUGAGUGCACAACAUCUGGACUGCAGCGCCAUCGGCCGUUCCAAAUCAAUCCUCUUCUCCACUCCUACUUGGACAGGUGUUUGAAUAAAUUACUCCGCCUCAAAGCGAAGACCUUAUAUUGAGCAUCAUGUGCUGCAGGAAGAACCAACCACGCUACGUCUCCUACCAAUCUCGUCAACGAGGCUGCUGCUCUUCCCAGCGCCAGCGACAAGUCCAUCAAAUCACUCCGUACUACAGUCCCCUUGGUGGUGCCGUACCCAUCGAGCCCCAAGCAUACGCGCCGAUAGCCGUCAACGCGCCCUACCCAGAACUCCAAUCCGGAUUCGACUUUCCCCACGUGCGAGGACCUUUCAGCAUGGCUGCAGCACUUAUCCUAGGCCUGAGUCUCGGUGCGCAGAAGAUCCAGGAGAAGCGCGAGAAGAAGAAGGAGAAAAAGGCCUUGAUGGAGUUUGCGAAUGAGCAGCGAGAGGCGAAGUUGAGGAAGGAUCGGUCGUCGAGGAAGAGCGAGGAGGCUAGGAGCGAGGAAAGGAGGAGAAGCGAGAGUCUUGAGCGGGAUGAAGUGCCGCCGCCAAGUUACGAGGAUGCUGUAGGGGAGAGCGCGUACCAGAGGGGGCGAUAGGAGGCACUGGGCGAUUGUGAAUGAGAGACGGACGGAUUAUGAACUUAGGGAAGAGCUGCGACGAAAAGAAUGGGAUGUCUAGGACGCGUCUUCUUCAUUGCAAAUUCUUUCUGCAUUUCGAAUGUUUGCAUUCAUCUAUCUACGAAGUCUUGGCGACCAAGGUGUUUUAUCUUUUCCUGAGUACCGA